AUGGCAUAUAUCCAUGGACCUGGGCAGGACUCGGUCCCGCAUGCGGAGACCACUUCUUCUGGUCCUGGGCCGCCAUUGCGCCCUGCUCCGGCCCAGCCUGCCCCUCCAGUAGUCCCCGAGACCGGACUUGGUGCUUUCCCAGGCGAAUCAUCGCGGGGGAUAACCUUUGCCGUGCAGUUUGGUAUCCAGGGAAGUGUUUUCAACACGAGUUUAGCCCCGGGCAUGACCCUGAUAGAACCCAACUCGAUGCCUGGGCUGGUUGGUGACCUCCCCCAGUCUCAGCAACUGGAUACGCCAGUGGGGCCUUCAACACCGGGUUUCGCCCUGCCGACUGACUUUGAUGGUCCGCUUGCUGCCGGUAAUACCAUCAACUACGGCGUCUCGCCGUCGCCGUCUUCAUUCUCUUGGAAUACACCCAACCCUGGUGGACUGGACUCGCUCCCCCAUGUGCCCAACGACGGCUCCUCAAAGCCUCCCGCAAAAAUCGGCAAUCGGUUCUCUAAGGAAGCUGUUCGGAUCUUGAGAGGCUGGAUGUCGACCCACGAAAGCAGCCCGUAUCUUAGCGAGGAAGACAAAAGCAUACUUCAGAGCCAGACGGGACUCACCGAGAUCCAGGUGACCAACUGGAUAGCCAACGCACGCCGGCGAAGAAACAAGACCCGUGGCAGCAGAUCAUCAACGCCCAAUCCAGGCACGUCGACCACCAGUCCAGUUCCCAUUCCUGCUCGGCCGGGGACCCCAAUGGUGGGAAACUCACCACACGCAGACCCGAUACAGCGAUGGUUCGACUCGCCGCCCGAAGACGAGCCUGCAGCGGCGUCAGCCAUUGCUCAGGCGAUGGCACGUCGCGGAAGCGAAGGACACCCGAUAGACCGUGGGAAGGAUAGAAUAUCAUACGGCAGCUCCUCCGCAAGCAGUGCCGCGUCAUCGCAUUCCGACAGCAGCUCUGUCAUGUCAAACUCAUCAGCCGUGUCGUGGAACUCAUCCUCAGCGCCGAGGAAGUAUGCUCGACCAAGACCGCAUCGAAAAAGACAUCUGCGAAACCCGAAGGCCGAGAGGAAACCGCUCAAAGCCCCGUUCAGACCAUACCAGUGCACAUUCUGCACGGACACCUUCGGGACCAAGCACGACUGGCAGAGACACGAGAAGUCACUGCAUUUAUCCAUCGAUAGAUGGAAGUGCGCCCCUGAUGAGUCUCGAGUAAUCCGGGGAGAAGACAACCGGCCAUACUGCAUCUUCUGCGGCCAGGCUGACCCAGACACUGAACACUUGGAGACUCACAAUCCACACGUGUGCCAACAGCGCAUAUUCAGCCGAAAGGACCAUCUGAAGCAGCAUCUACGCCUGGUACACGGCGCAAAGCUUAUCGACUCAUUCGCAGAGCACUGGAAGGCCCCAUCCCCGCCCGUCAAGUCGCGGUGCGGCUUCUGCGGGAUUGCGCUCGACUCGUGGUCUUUCCGGGUCGAUCACCUUGCUGACCACUUCAAGGUGGGACAGAGUAUAGCGGACUGGAAGGGCGACUGGGGGUUUGAGAAGUCCGUUCUGGAUAUGGUGGAGAAUGCAAUUCCCCCAUAUCUGAUUUCCACAGAGCGCAGCACUCCAUUCCCGUUUGUAGCGAGUGCUCCGGCGGUAGAAAGCCCGCGUUGUGCAUACGAGAAGAUCAAAUUGGAGCUGCUAUGGUACAUGCAAGGCUACAAUGAUGAAACUGGCGAGAUACCAGACAGUGAUGCGCUACAGCUAGAGGCAUGCCGAAUCAUAUUUGCCUCCGAGUCGAGAACACCAGAGGAGGCACUGACUGAGCCGGGUGCUGCAUCGUGGCUGCGAGAUCUCAUCACCAGCCAUGAGGACAUCAUGAGGCAGGCCAAGUUCGGUCCGAUCCGAUCAGAGGCGGAGAGUGUGUCUGCCGCGCCGAGCAAUAUUUCCAAGAGCUUGUUUCAUGGCUGUCCGCUCGAAGCUCAGCUACAGGAUUUUGUCUUCCGCGCAUGGACGUCGGGGCAGCUGGUGGUGGGGGAUGAUGAGCUUCAGUCUGAGGCGUAUCGGAUCAUCAUGCGGAUCGACAAGGAGUUUGCCAUGCCCGAGUAUGACUUCAUGGAGAAGUGGCUGGUAGGGCUACUUGCCAUCUCGCGAACGUGGCUUCAAGGGUUCAGACAGCGGAUGAGUACUGUUCUAGGGGAUGGCGUGCUUCAUGCCAGUGAUAAUCUGGGAGCUGUACAAAUCACUAAUGUGCCUGGUGACGUCGCAUCCGGGACCGGUCUUGGAAAUGUGGCCCAGGGGGACAAGAUUGCACAAUUUUCCCAGCCCUAUUACCAGCCAACCCUCAGCGUUGGGAUGCAAUCUAUGCCUUCGCCCGAGAAUGGAGAUGUCCCGAUCUCCACUGAUCCUACGAGUCAAUGGGACCCGACCAGCCGUUCUAUAGCUACGGCGCAACAGCCAAUAGAUCAACGGCCAACCUGGGUGAAGACUAACUUUUAUAUUCUCAACGACUCUAAGUUUCACCAUUAUGUAACUCGCGAACUGAAGAGAUGGGUCAAGGCAACAAUGUCCCCUAACAACCCGAACUUCCACGUUCCUUCCGAUGAAGAGUUACGCCACCAAGCUCGCUUUAUUAUGUAUGAUGAUGAUGAUAUUUGGAAUACGACCCCGGCAGAUAAUUGCGAGUGGCUGCGACGGUUCAAGUGUGAAGCUGGCAUUGAGAAGACCGAAACUGACAUGGAAGAUCAAAUGGAUGAUUUAAGACAUGACGAACAUCGAGACAAAGAAGAAAGUCUUUAG